AUUUUCGACAAUUUCAACGCAAUCUGUCAUGUCAGUUCAUUCCAUUAUUCCGGUUUACACUUUUACAUUAUCUAUUUUCUUUUUUAAAUACAGUUCCAUAUUCACGUUAAUUUGUUGUUUACUGGUCGUUUCUUUGUAAUUAAUUCCAUAAUUAUAUGUCCUUAAAGUUGUAUAGAAUCUAGUUUAUAGAUUAUGGAUCGCCUUCUUCGACUUGGUGGUGGCAUGACUGGUCUGUCCCAGGCGCCACCUCCUACUGAUGCGCCUGUAGUGGAUACUGCAGAACAAGUAUACAUCUCAUCCUUGGCUCUCCUAAAAAUGUUGAAACACGGCCGUGCCGGAGUACCUAUGGAAGUCAUGGGCCUCAUGUUAGGUGAAUUUGUUGAUGAUUAUACAGUACGUGUGAUUGAUGUAUUUGCUAUGCCCCAAACUGGUACAGGAGUUUCAGUAGAGGCUGUCGACCCUGUAUUUCAGGCUAAGAUGUUAGAUAUGCUUAAACAGACUGGUAGACCUGAAAUGGUGGUGGGUUGGUAUCACUCACAUCCAGGGUUUGGAUGCUGGCUGUCAGGUGUUGACAUAAAUACCCAACAGUCAUUUGAAGCUUUAUCAGAACGAGCAGUAGCUGUUGUUGUUGAUCCUAUUCAAUCAGUUAAGGGUAAAGUUGUCAUUGAUGCUUUCCGUCUUAUCAAUCCAAAUAUGAUGGUCCUUGGUCAAGAGCCUAGGCAGACAACAUCUAACCUUGGUCAUCUCCAGAAACCUUCAGUACAAGCUCUUAUCCAUGGUCUAAACCGUCAUUACUAUUCAAUCAGCAUUAACUACAGAAAGAAUGAAUUAGAGCAGAAAAUGUUGCUAAAUCUCCACAAAAAGUCAUGGAUGGAUGGUCUCACAUUAUCAGAUUAUAAAGAGCAUUGUUCUAUUAAUGAGACAACUGUCACUGACAUGUUAGAGCUAGCUAAGAACUACAACAAGGCUUUGGAAGAUGAGGAAAAAAUGACACCUGAACAACUAGCUAUUAAGAAUGUGGGAAAACAAGACCCCAAGAGGCAUUUAGAAGAGAAAGUAGAUGUAUUGAUGUCAAACAACAUAGUACAAUCUCUAGGAGCUAUGCUUGACACUAUGGUAUUCAAAUGAUUGUGCAAAAGAUUUUAUAUUUUAUUACUACAGUUAAGAACAGAGGAAAAAAGUCUCGCAAAUCUGUAGUGAUUAUCCAUUCAUUCUAGGAUACUUAUGUACUAAUAUACUUAGUUGUAUCUAUUGCAGAAUAAAAUAAUUUCACCUUUUUAAUACUA